AUGAGAGUUUCGCGACCUCCGAUCUCUUUUUUCGUAUUGUUCAUGCUCUCUGCUGUUUUUCCUCACCAUCUCUCGCUUGGAGGAGAUCCGAUCACUUGCUCUGGGAUAGUUCCGACGAAGCCCAGGAGCGGGAUGUUAUCGAUUUCGGACUUCGGCGGCGUCGGUGACGGCACGACCUUGAACACCAAUGCGUUUAAUUCGGCGAUUGAUCGGAUACGAAACGGCAACAGUAGCAGCGAAGGAACGCUUCUGUACGUGCCUCGCGGUGUGUAUUUGACUGAGAGCUUCAAUCUCACGAGCCACAUGACUCUGUACCUCGCCGAGGGUGCUGUUAUCAAAGCCGUUCAGGAUACAGAGAAAUGGCCUUUGGUUGAUCCUUUGCCCUCUUACGGCAGAGGAAGAGAGCGUCCUGGAAGAAGGUACAUUAGCUUUAUCCAUGGAGACGGACUUAGUGACGUUGUCAUUACAGGCAGAAAUGGGACGAUUGAUGGUUCUGGAGAGCCUUGGUGGAACAUGUGGAGACAUGGCACUCUAAAGUUCACAAGACCAGGUCUCAUCGAAUUCAAGAACUCGAGUAACAUCAUCGUCUCUCACGUUGUUCUUCAGAACUCACCUUUCUGGACACUUCAUCCUGUUUAUUGCAGUGAUGUUGUUGUUCAUCAUGUUACCAUCUUGGCUCCAACUGAUUCCCCAAACACAGAUGGAAUUGAUGCAGAUUCAAGCUCUAACGUGUGUAUAGAAGACUCCUACAUAUCCACUGGUGACGAUCUUGUUGCAGUGAAGAGCGGUUGGGACGAGUAUGGCAUUGCCUACAACCGUCCAAGCUGUGACAUCACCAUCCGCCGCAUCACCGGAUCUUCCCCAUUCGCCGGAAUAGCCAUCGGAAGCGAAACCUCUGGCGGGAUCCACAAUGUCACGGUCGAGAACAUCACUUUGUACAGUUCCGGGAUCGGAAUCCACAUCAAGACAAACAUUGGCAGAGGAGGAAGCAUUCAGGGGAUCACAAUCUCAGGGGUUCACUUGGAAAAAGUUCGCACCGGGAUUAAGAUCUCCGGCGACACCGGAGACCACCCUGACGAUCACUUCAACACGUCCGCUCUUCCUGUCGUAAGCGGUAUAACGAUCAAGAACGUCUGGGGAAUCAAGGUCGAGCGCGCUGGCACGUUUCAAGGAUUGAAAGAUUCACCUUUCACCAGUCUCUGCCUCUCCAAUGUGACACUCACCGGAACAAAAAGCUCUCCGGUAUGGAAAUGCUCAGAUAUAGUUGGCGCCGCCGUGAAAGUCGACCCCACGGCUUGCCCUGAGCUGUCCUCAACGGCCCAACAAGGUGGUUUCUGCGAAAACCAAUCGUAA